AGGACGCGCAAUAAUCACAUCGCCUCGUGGGUUUGACGUAUAUGAAUGCCGGAAAGUAGCAGGUCGUUAAAUUAGUACACUCCGAUCAUUCUGUUAUAACACAUUGUGUGGACUGUUCAUAACAUCAGAAGGUUUGUUAAUUCUUAACCAGAGGCUAAAAGAGUGACAAGACAGACGCACCAUCACAGAAUCAUGGAAUUCCCGGACGUCGGAUGGAAACGUAUGGUUGCUUCUGAGGAAACAAAUAAUUGUUCACGAAAUGUGACACAGAAUGUGUUGUGUGAUACCGCUGUGGAGAAAAAACAAACACUUGUACAAAUGACUGCAGGAGCAGGGAAUACGGAUAUAAAAAUCAUCUCGAGAGGCGAUACCUUCGAUAAAGUUGAAGACAGAGAUAUCUGGGACAAGAAACUUGACUUCGUUCUCUCUGUCAUCGGUUAUGCAGUUGAUCUUGCUAACGUCUGGCGAUUUCCGUACUUGUGCUACAGAAAUGGAGGGGGAGCGUUUCUUAUACCGUAUGUUUUAUUCCUUCUUGUCGGUGGGAUGCCUCUCUUGUACAUGGAAUUGGUGUUGGGUCAGUAUCAUAGGUGCGGCGCCAUCACUGUCUGGAAAAUUUGCCCCUCGUUCAAAGGUACUGGCAUUGCAGUUGUAAUUAUUGCGUUCCUUGUAGCUUUGUAUUACAACGUUCUCAUUGCUUGGUCGGUGUACUAUUUGUUUUCAUCGUUCACUCUCGAUCUACCGUGGCUUAGCUGCGGUCAUGAAUGGAACUCGCCGUUUUGUUACGAUGGGGAUAGCAAUGGUACGAUCACCUUCGUUGACGGUACGAACGUUACCGUUAAUUCGACGAACGGCGUAUCGCCUGCCGAAGAGUUUUAUUUCCGAAAAGUGCUAGGGGUUCAACAUAGUUCAGGAUUGGAGGAUCUAGGCGGUAUUAAGUGGGAUCUCUGCCUUUGUCUUCUUCUUGUCGUAUGUGUUGAUUACUUUUCUCUUUGGAAAGGAGUAAAGACAUCUGGAAAGGUUGUAUGGAUUACAGCAACGCUUCCAUAUGUAGUACUUGGCAUCUUGUUCAUUCGUGGAGUCACACUACCCGGUGCAGCAAAGGGGAUCAAGUUCUACCUCACUCCAGACUUUGCCACUCUCAAGACCUCUCAGGUUUGGAUCGAUGCAGCCAUUCAGAUGUUCUACUCUCUCGGUGCAGGUUUUGGUGUUCAUAUUGCAUUCGCAAGUUACAACCAAUUUAGGAAUAACUGUUAUCGGGAUGUGCUGCGUACAUCCAUCGUCAACAGUUUAACAAGUUUCUUUGCUGGUUUUGUUAUAUUCUCGUUUCUUGGUUACAUGUCCGUAACACAGCACAAACCAAUCGAAACCGUCGCUACCGAUGGUCCAGGCUUAGUGUUCGUUGUGUAUCCACAGGCUAUCUCUACACUUCCUGGGUCAUCAGGAUGGGCUAUUAUUUUCUUCAUAAUGCUUAUAACCCUCGGGCUUGACAGUCAGUUUGGUGGUUUCGAAGCGGUAUUAACUGGUCUAAGUGAUGAGUUUCCACAUCUAUUUCACAAACGCCGGGAAGUGUUGACUGGUGCUGUGGUUAUAACUGUUUUUCUCCUAGCCUUGCCAAACGUCACAUACGGUGGAAUGUACUUAUUGACAAUUGAAGAUGCCUAUAUAGGAGGAACAUCACUUUUGGUGGCGGUCUUCUUCGAAGCUAUAGGUGUCUCCUGGAUGUAUGGAACUCAAAACUUCUGUAAUGACAUCCAGGAUAUGUGUGGCAUGCGUCCUGGAGUCUGCUGGAAAAUUCUAUGGAAGUUCAUAACACCGACCUUUCUUUUGUUCAUUGUGAUCGUGAGCAUAGCACUUUAUGCUCCUCUGGAAUCCAACUACAUGUACAAGUACCCACCUUGGGCGAAUAGCAUUGGCAUGUGUUUUGCUAUGACGUCAAUCCUCGCAAUACCAGUAACGGCCAUUUAUCAGUUUCUGGCGAUUCCCGGUUCGAUUAGACAGAGGCUAGCUUUGGUUGUGAGUCCCCGCAAGGAGCAUGCGCACAUCAUUGCUUCUGAUGACGUCAAAAGAUUCAAGGUGCAGCAUUGGUUUGAUAUCUGAUUUAUGGAUCCACAUUAAACGAUAGAAUGGUUGACCUUUUUCUGGUACAGUACGCCCAUGUAUGCCUAUAUGCGAGUUUGAUUGUAAACUCCAUGGCCAGCAGAUCGAAGAGCUAACGUCGAUUUAGGCCGGUAGUAGGCCUAUUUGUUUACCAAAUAUUUUCGUGCUCACCAAACCUAACUGGAUUGUCACUCCAUCACGGUUUCAAACAAUUGUCAUGCUUAUAUGACUUGUUCAUAUCGUACGUCAACCCAAGUAAAUUUCCCAUUAUCCCAUAAAACUUUUAGUACAGUAAAUUCCAGAAUCCAUAAUGUUAAAUUUCUAGCUUCUAAUUAAAGACCAUGGAGUUUUCCUGGUUCAGUAGCUUUGGUCUCUAAUAAGACAUCUAUCAAAUAGAAAGGAUAAGUGUUCUUUUGGGGCAGGGGUGGCGCCAGGAUUGGGCCCGGGUGUGGGGCCGAGGUCCCCGACGGAGGGAGGCAAUGCCCCCGACGAGGGGUCAGAUUUCCCCGACGAAAGCAAAGUUGGCGAGGUCGACCUUCGAUUAAAAGGUCUCGAAAGUGGUCCAGGGGCGAAGAUUUUAUAGUCUAUUAAUAUGUAGCAAAUACAUGUAAUUUUUUUUUCUCCCCGACGAAUUGUGCUUUUUCUCCCCGACGGGGGUGGGGUGUGCAGCUCUCCCGACGCUGGCGCCACCCCUGUUUUGAGGUUGCCAAAAUGUGGUCUUUAAUUGGAGGUGGUCUGUAAUUGGAGGGGUCUUUAAUUAGAAGGACACCUGUAUUCAGAAAAUAUCACUAAAUUAAAACGAUAGCACCAUCUUGCCACACUAAGGUAACGUCAACUUUUAAAUUUUAAUCUUUUUCGGUGGUUGCCCAUUCAGCAUAUUAAUAAUUAAUAUUAUGUGCAAUUAAAUUUUACAUCAUAGUUUUAUCGACCUUAAUAAUUAUCCUUUAUUGUUGUUGUGGCUGUUGUAUAGCUUUGAUCAGUUUUUACAUGAUAAGUAAAUAAGUGGUAUUUAAUUACUUUUAUAUGAUAUCCUUUAAUACAGGACUCCCUCUAACUAAAGACCCCUCCAAGUACCACCUUCAGUAAAGACCACUUUUCUGUGGUCCCAAAAUAACAAAAGUUUUUUUAUGUUUGUUAUUCUAAUCAGAGACCAAAGCUUCUAAAGACCAUGGAAACCCUGAUCCCAAAAGUGGUCUUUAAUUGGAGGGAGACCUAUAUAAACCUUAUCACUAUUACUUUUGCUAAUGAUUUUAAGUAAUUACAGAACGAGUUUGUCUUUUUACAUUCAAAAUGAUGUUAUCAAAUGAAUUAAAUCAAUCAUAGUAUAAUA